GCUCCGACAGACAACCCUGCUCAUAGCCUCACCCUGCUUCCUCUCUUCGCACCGCGCUAAAAGAACCACGGAGGUUCCUCCUCUCUCUGGAGUAGAAGCCAGCCAUGGGAACUUCAGUACAGGUGACGCCUCUCUGCGGCGUGUACAGCGAGAAUCCUCUUUGCUAUUUGCUUUCAAUAGAUGGAUUCAACUUUCUCCUGGAUUGUGGAUGGAACGACUUCUGCGACACAAACCUCUUACAACCCCUCUCUAGGGUAUCCUCAAAAAUUGAUGCUGUAUUGUUAUCUCAUCCAGACAUACUCCACAUUGGUGCUUUACCCUAUGCCAUAAAACACCUUGGACUUUUUGCUCCAAUCUACGCCACUGAACCUGUAUAUAGACUUGGUCUUUUGACUAUGUAUGAUUACUAUCUCUCCAGAAGGCAAGUUUCAGAUUUUGACUUGUUCACUCUUGAUGAUAUUGAUGCUGCUUUCCAGAAUGUUAUCAGAUUGACAUACUCCCAGAAUUAUCAUCUUUCUGAUAAAGGAGAAGGGAUAGUGAUAGCUCCACAUGUGGCUGGCCAUCUUCUUGGGGGUACUGUUUGGAAGAUAACAAAAGAUGGAGAGGAUGUUGUAUAUGCUGUUGACUUUAAUCAUCGCAAAGAACGGCACUUAAAUGGAACUGUUCUAGAAUCUUUUGUACGCCCAGCUGUUCUCAUUACGGAUGCAUACAAUGCAUUGAAUAAUCAACUAUACAAGCGUCAAAGGGAUCAGGAAUUCCUUGAGGCAAUACUAAAGGUUCUUCGAGCAAAUGGAAAUAUAUUGCUUCCUGUUGAUACGGCUGGAAGAGUUUUAGAGCUUCUUUUGAUACUUGAACAGUACUGGAGUCAGCAACAUCUAUCUUUCCCCAUUUUUUUUCUAACAAAUGUUGCUACAAGUUCCAUUGAUUAUGUCAAGAGUUUCCUAGAGUGGAUGAGUGAUUCUAUAGCAAAAUCCUUUGAGCAUACACGAGACAAUGCUUUUCUACUGAAGCAUAUAAACAUUAUAAUUAACAAAAGCGAGCUUGAAAACAUACCAGAUAUUCCAAAGGUUGUUCUGGCAUCCAUGCCUAGUUUGGAGGUUGGGUUCUCCCAUGAUAUAUUUGUUGAUUGGGCCACAGAGGCCAGACAUACUAUCCUUUUUACGGAAAGAGGCCAGUUUGGAACUCUAGCUCGAAUGCUUCAAGUUGAUCCACCUCCAAAAGCAGUGAAAGUCACCAUGAGUAAGAGGAUUCCUUUAAUUGGAGAUGAAUUGAAAGCAUAUGAAGAAGAGCAAGAAAGAAUUAAAAAGGAAGCUGCUCUGAAAUCUAAUGUCAACAAGGAAUUAAGGGCAUCCCAGGGAUCUGAUGCUAAAGCUGGGGAUACAAUGGUUAUUGAUGCUUCUUCCUCUCACAUUUCUUCAGAUGUUACUGCCUCACGUGUUGGUGGAUUUCGGGAUAUCUUCAUAGAUGGGUUUGUUCCUCCAGCAACUUCUGUUGCUCCAAUGUUCCCUUAUUUUGAGAAUUCAGCUGAAUGGGAUGAUUAUGGCGAAGUUAUAAAUCCUGAUGAUUACAUAAUCAAGGAUGAAGAUAUGAAUGGGGCAUCAGCUCAAGGCUUUGGAGGUGAUAUAGAUAAUAAACUUGAUGAAGGAUCUGCUCAUCUGCUACUAGAUACCACUCCUUCGAAAGUUGUUUCAAAUGAAUUGACUGUGCAAGUGAAAUGCUCAUUAGUUUACAUGGACUUUGAAGGUCGGUCUGACGGGCGUUCCAUUAAAUCUAUCCUUGCACAUGUAGCUCCACUGAAGCUUGUUCUUGUUCAUGGCUCGGCCGAAGCUACAGAACACCUGAAAGAGCAUUGCUCAAAGCAUGUUUGUCCCCAUGUAUAUGCUCCACAAAUUGAAGAAACCAUUGACGUUACUUCUUCUUUGUGUGCUUACAAGGUUCAACUCUCCGAGAGGCUAAUGAGUAAUGUUCUCUUCAAAAAGCUUGGUGAAUAUGAGAUAUCCUGGAUUGACGCGGAAGCAGGGAAGACCAAUGACAUGCUUACCUUAUUUCCCGUAUCAUCAACCCCUCCUACCCACAAAUCUGUUCUUGUGGGAGAUCUCAAAUUGGCAGAUUUCAAGCAGUUCCUUGCCAGUAAAGGCAUCCAGGUUGAAUUUUCAGGAGGCGCUUUACGUUGCGGCGAGUAUGUAACACUACGGAAGAUCAGUGAUUCCACUCAGAAGGGCGGCACUGGUGCCCAGCAUGUGCUCAUCGAAGGCCCUUUAACCGAAGAAUACUACCAGAUAAGAGAUCUUCUUUAUUCUCAGUUUUACUUGCUCUAGAUCGCCAGCAUUUGAAAAGUAAGCCUUUUUGCCCUAAAAUUUCAUGUUUUUUAAUGAAAACCUUGAGUUAGUAGAGGUCUGCAGAUCACCUUCUACUGUAUAUCAAAUCAGCAACAAAUAUUUAAGCUAAUAUAUUACAUUUUAAUGCCAAUUUUGUUACAGAACUUGAUAGCCCCCCAUAAGGAUUUGAGAUCUGAAUCUUAUAUUGUUGUGAAACAUGCCUCUUUGUAGCUUUGUGAGUUAACUACAUAUGUGAAUCCAAUAGAGCAAUUGCAGAAACUGUUUUAAACAUUUGAUUAAUUUGAGCUGUUUAGGUGAA